AUGGAACUUAAAACCGAGACGCAGCAACCUCAAUUCAAAGAGCUUGAAAUCGAAGUGGAGUGUCAAAUCAGUGCAAUUAAAGUGGUUCGUGAUGUUGACAUCGAGCGAUUGUUGAUGGAACUUCGUUUGGUUCGAUCGUGCUUCAGUGAGGAACAGCUCCGGAAGCCAAUGUUGCAGGUCUUCGAAGAAACCUUACCGAAUCUCUCAAUUGUGAAAGAUGAAGAGAAUGGGAAAUUCGAUGUGAAGUGGAAAGAGAGAGGGAGCAGAAUGUCCACAACCUGUGGUGGUGUAGGAAGAGAUUUGCACACUUCUCUGUUCCAGAGGCUUUGGAUUGCUUUUCCUUCGGAAUGUCCUUCUUCGGUUCCUCAGUGUGGUGGUUUUGAAUACUCUAGCAAUACUGGUAGUGUUUAG